UACUGCUCCUCCGCCUUGCCACCACCUGCUGCUUCACAGAUUAGUACCCGAUUGGAGAACAAGGAACUGUGGGAGAAGUUCAACUCUGUGGGAACCGAAAUGAUACUCACCAAAAAUGGCAGGCGCAUGUUCCCCGAGUUCUCGGUCUCCCUCUCUGGCCUGGAUCCGCACCGCCUGUACUCCCUGUGUGUCCAGGCCCUGCCCGAGGGUGAGAACCGCUACAAGUGGAGGGAUGGAGUAUGGAGCAGGAGCGGCCGAGCAGAACCGGGACCGCCAACCCGCUUCUACCUCCACCCGGAAUGUCCAGCUCCUGGUCAUCGGUGGAUGGAGAGGCCCAUCUGCUUCAACAAGAUCCGACUGACCAACAACACCCUCAAUCAGGGGGGGCAGAUCGUUCUUCAGUCCAUGCAUCGUUACUCCUUGUGCCUCUACAUCAUCCCCACCUCCAAUGGCGGAUCUCCACCCCGACCGGCGACCACCGUCUCCUUCCCUGAGACAUCUUUUAUUGCAGUGACCAGCUACCAGAACCCCAGGCUCUCCCUGCUGAAGAUUGAGGAGAACCCAUUCGCCAAAGGGAUAAAAUACUUCAAGAAUCAACAAGAAAGGUAA